AUGGGCGUGCUCAGCGAAGAUCCGAUCGUCAUCCGUGAAGUUUGGGCUUCCAAUUUAGAAUCCGAAUUCCAACUCAUCCGCGAACUCAUCGAUCGCUAUCCUUUCAUCUCCAUGGACACCGAAUUCCCCGGUGUGGUUUUCCGGCCCCAUGUGGACCCUUCCAAACCCUACAACCACCGCACGCGCCGCCCCGCUGACCACUACCGCCUCCUCAAGUCCAACGUCGACGCGCUCAACCUCAUCCAGGUCGGCCUCACGCUCUCCGAUUCCGCCGGGAAUCUCCCCGGCGCCGACGGGAACCGCUUCAUCUGGGAAUUCAACUUCCGGGAUUUCGACGUGGCGCGUGACGCCUACGCGCCGGACUCCAUUGCGCUCCUCCGCUGCCAGGGGAUCGACUUCGAACGCAACGCGGCCGUCGGCGUAGACUCCACGCGCUUCGCUGAGCUGAUGAUGUCCUCGGGACUCGUGUGCAACGACGCCGUGAGCUGGGUCACGUUUCACAGCGCGUACGAUUUCGGGUACUUGGUUAAGAUACUGACCCGAAGGGAUUUACCGACCCGGUUGGAGGAAUUUUUAAGCGUUGUGAAAGUGUUUUUUGGAGAUAAGGUUUAUGAUGUGAAGCACAUGAUGAGGUUCUGUGAUACACUAUACGGUGGUUUGGACCGGGUUGCACGGACCCUUAACGUGGACCGCGCCGUAGGGAAGUGCCAUCAGGCUGGGUCAGACAGCUUGCUGACCUGGCACGCCUUCCAGAAGAUUGUGGAUAUUUAUUUUGUCAAAGAUGAACACCAAAAACAUGCUGGUGUGUUGUUUGGACUAGAAGUUCUAUGUUAA